UUCGGAUAGCGCCAGCCAGAAGGACAUGGGUUGAAUGUUUGAAAACUUUGUCAUUUAACUUCCGGUAAAGUCAGCUGUGCCAUCUAGGAAGUGGAAUUCCGAGGUUAACGGCAGGAACUAGCCAUCAGAUUAGCGGGAUAUUUCCGGCAAUCAAUGAUUGUGGGACCAAACCCAGCAGAGACAGAAAAGUGGAAAAAAGGAGAACGGUAACUAAUUCAUGUUGCAUGAUUCAUCCACACAUUUUUUUCCCCAUUCUUCGGUUGACGUCAGAGAGUCAGAAGCCCCUGCCUGUAGGACGUUGACAACGGCUUUAAUUGAUGCGAGUAGACGGGAGAAAGUGCCAUGUCUCUCGGGACUGUAGUUAAGCUUCAGCGAGAAGAAGAAGAAGAGAUGGUGGGGGUAGUAUAUUGUAGGAGUUGGCGGGGUUGCGCGGUGGAGCGGCGCGUCGUUCCGGUGACGAGACAGACGUGAAUCGGGUAUAGAACGCAGUGAACAAAGUUCAACACCAGGAAGUAAGUGUGCGUGCGUUGUGUGUGUCCCCUUUUGUAGAAAAAAAAAACCCUCAUUUUCCUAGAGAAUCAUUUCAAUUAUUCACACACAAGAUAUUUGACACUGUCAGAAAAAAAAGUUUGAGCCCUCCGACUUUGAAUUCCGUCCAUAUAGAGUCACAAUAGCCCCUGGGGCUGUGCUGUUGUCGGAUUCAUAGAAAGACCAACGAGUUGGAAGAGCAAUCAUCACCACCACUACAAUCAUCAAGGACUGACACCCUUCGGAGAGGAAAUGAAGGAAGGAGACGGGCCCGAUGUUGAACCAUUGAACCAUUUGAGCACUCCGGCGGUCGUGGGAAUCUGUCUAGGAGGUGUUGUGCUCCUGAUCUCCGUCGCCGCCGUCAGUUGUUUUUGUUAUCGCGGACAUCACCAGCAAACAAGGAGCACCAAGAAAGCUCGGUCGCCCGGCAGUCACAUCGGAUCAGAGAACAGACCGUUGGCUUUCCGUAAGCCGGUGGCGGUCAAAAGCCCUAACAACCCGCAGCAAUUGACUCACUCGUAUCCCGUCAGCGGAGGAUCAUCGGUUGCCAUCAGCCACCACCUCAAGAAAUCGCCAAGUCCGACAGGAGCCAAAACUCCUCCUGGCUCCUGUCCCAUCGGCAAAUCUCCUAGUCCACUUUCCGCGACGACGCCUUCGACGCUGACCCCAACUUAUGAAACGAGCAGCCCGCAGGUGAGCCGGAAAAACUCUCUGAUCUCGGGAUGUUCUCGUUCCGUCAUCAACGCCCUCCAAGAGGAAGGGCAGCAGCGCGAGACUGUCAUCCGCUUUCAAUUGGAGAACGAGGUCACUCAUCCAGCGGAAUUGAUGAAAAGUGACUUGGUAGCAUCCGCUUCCGCAAACCUCCCCGGCGGAGAAAUCGACUUGGCAAAGAUGGAAUGCGGAGGCGGAUCCAACAAACUGGGACAACUCUACUUUAAAGUCAGGCACAAUGUUGAAAAGAGUACGCUCAACAUCACCGUGGUCAGAUGCCAAGGACUGCCGGCUCGUGAUUCCAACAUCGGUUCCAGCGAUCCUUAUGUCAAACUCCAAUUGCUGCCCGACAAACACCACAAGGUCAAGACCCGCGUCCUUCGUCGCACUCUCAAUCCCGUCUACGACGAAGACUUUACUUUUUACGGAAUCGGCGAAAACCAACUUCAGAGCUUGACGCUCCAUUUCGUCGUUCUGUGUUUCGAUCGAUACUCGAGAGAUGACGUCAUUGGCGAAGUGUUGCUGCCAGUUAACGAAGCUCUGGAGGAAAUGACAGAUUCAGUCGAUUCCAACAAUACUGCAGACAACGGAAACCACUCUAGCGCUCUACUAUUCCGAGAUAUUGCGCCACGCAGUCAUAAGAUGAGGACUCACGGAAGAGGCGAGCUUCUGGUGUCGCUUUGUUAUCAACCGCAAGCUUCUCGACUAACAGCCGUCGUCCUGAAAGCUCGUAACAUUCCCCGCAUGGACAUGACCGGCCUUGCUGAUCCUUACGUCAAGAUUUAUCUUGUGCACAAUGGACAACGAGUGGCCAAGAAGAAGACGCACGUCAAGAAGCGCACGCUGAAUCCCGUUUUUAACGAGUCGUUUGUUUUCGACUUGCCGGCCAGCGCCACUUCACUGGACAAUAUCAGUCUCGAAUUUCUCGUCCUCGACUGGGACCGCGUCACCAAAAAUGAGGUGAUUGGACGUUUGGAAUUGGGCGGAGCCAAGACGAUCGGAACGGCCUUGCAUCACUGGAACGAGGUCUUGAAUUCUCCACGUCGUCAAAUCGCCGAAUGGCACAAACUGAAGGAUUGAAUCCGGCCGCAUUGAUCACCCAUCAAAAGGUGAAACCAUCGCGUCAACUCCAACCUUUUUCCCUCCCAUUGGAACAUAUUAUUUCCUCCCCUCGAACGUUAUUAUCUAUUUAAAUAUAUACAUAUUUACUUCUAACACGAUUCGAUCUAUGUUUGCUAUUGUGUCACGGAUUCUAUUGCUGCUCGCUGUAGACUGGAAAGCUUUUUAUACGUGAACAAUCCACCCCGAAAUGUUAUUUCCUCCUUGCUGUCCACACGCCUCUUUAUCACAAUUCAAUUCGCUACAAAAAGCUAUACACACUUUUCCAUCCACUAAACUAUAUCAAUCGGAAGAACCGGCGGCCACAUUAUUUAUUUUCGUUGCCUGGACGAAAUGACGAGGAAUUAUUUCUAUAAAUACAAGGAUAACGGCAUCUUUCCUGCUGUGCUGCUACGAAGAAGAAAACGUUUUCAUCGGCUCCUUUGUUUCCCCCUUUUUUGGUCUGGUUCCGAAAACAGAAAUUGUUGACAAAAAUUUUCAUGUGAUGACGAAAUGAUGUAAAACGCGACAAUGAAGAAAUCAAUACACAUCAGUUUAUUGGGCAA